GAGUGGCGUGGGCUGUGACGUCACUGCGCCCUGACGUCAGGCCGACGUGCGGCAUGGUCUCCCGGGAGACCGGGGAAGCCGUUUCGCCCCCGGCGGAGUCGAAGCCUAGAUUAUUUUACUCCAGAGCUCCCUCAGUAUAUUUGGGGAAAUUAUGGAUCGUCACAUUCCCAUGCAUGCAUUACCCGAAGAAAUCCAAAAGAUGUCCCCUGAAGAAAAAGUUUGUAAGUACUGUGGAGUCAGCUAUCUAAUUCUCCAUGAGUUUAAGGCUAUGGAAGAAAAAGUGAAAGCGAUGGAAAAAGAGAUGAAAUUUUAUCAAGGAAGUGUGGAACGUGAAAAGAAACUUCAGGAAAAGCUACAGUUUCUUAGCCAAGAUUUUGAACAGUACAAAAUUGACAAUGAAUCCAAAACAGAAAGGUUGGGUGGAAGAUUGGUGGAGUACAACUAUUUCUGGACUAAGACUCUUUCAUUACUUACUUUUACUAAAAGGGAGCUAACCAGUAUUAAAAAUGAAGUAUAUGAUAAUUUUCAAAACUGGACUUCACUGAAAGGAGAACUUUUUCUACAAAUUAAAUCCAUAAGUGAAACAGCCUUGACAGAAAUAGAGAUACUAAAUAAAAGUUUGACACUGUGCCAGAGAAAUAAGGUAUGCCUUGAAGAAGAAAUGAAAAAUCUGAAAGUAUUGUCAGAUGCAGCCAUCCUGAGGUCUCAGCAGAUUCAGACGUCCACACAGCAGGAAGUGAACUUGCAAAGCAGAUGCCAUGACCUGGAAAAACAAGUCCUGGAUUUACAGUGUCAAGUAGAGGCACUUGGGCUAAAGCUUCAGAAGGCAGCGACCGAGAUGGACAGCUACAAAGAAAAGCUCAUGAAUAAAUCUAAUGAAGCUGAUGACAGUCAAAGAGAACUUAGAAAAUUGAAGUUUCAAUCCGUUAUUUCUGAGUCACGGCACACCAGAUUGCUUAAAGAAAAAGAAGAUUCUUUAGUGGCUUGUCAACAAAUAUACAAAACUUUACAGGAGGAACUGACUUCAAAAGAAAGGCAAGAAGAAGACAUGAAAAGAAGAAUUAACCUUGCAGAGAGUGAACUAGAGAUAACCAAAACUCUUCUGAGUCGGACAAAGGAACAGGUGGCAACACUGAAAAGCGAAAGGGAAUUGAUGCUGAUUUCACAUCAGAAAAGCAUCGAGCAGCUGCAGGAAACUCUUAGACAGAAGCUGCUGAAUGAUGACAACUGGAGGGAGAAGAUUGAAGCUGAACUCGCCAAGGAAAGGGCCCGACAUUUAGUUGAAUUUGAGGAGCAAGCCCUUCUCUUUAAGGAAGAAGCUAAACUGGAACUUGAUAUUGAGAAGGAAAAACACCAAGAAAUAGUCCAAAAGUAUAAGAAAGAACAAGAGGAAGUGCAAAAAAAGAUAUCUGACUUAAUCGCAGGUGCUACUAGAGAUCUAAGGCUGGAAGUGGCCACUCUUGAAGAAAAACUCCAUGAAUCUCAUAUCCGAUACACUGAAGAAUCUGAGUCAAAGGAGAAAGAAAUCAAAAACCUUAAAAAUUUGGUUGCAGAAUUUGAAUCUCGCUUGAAGAAGGAAAUUGACAGUAAUGAUUCAGUUUCAGAGGACCUGAGGAAAGAAAUGAAACAGAAGUCAGAUGAACUGGAAAGAGUAAUGCUGGCACAAACACAACUGAUACAGCAAUUUAACCAGUCCCGGGAAGAGAACACUUUUCUUCAGGAAACAGUGCGUAGAGAGUGUGAAGAACGCUUUGAACUGACGGAGGCUUUGAGUCAAGCCAGAGAACAGCUGCUGGAGCUCAGGAAGCUCAGUGGAAGCUUGCCGUUGUCACCGUGUUCCCUCAGCCGGGGCAGCCUAACCUCCUCUGCUGCGGUGGGCAGUAAUUGCGGAGAGAGGAGCCUGGCAAGACUGAACUCUGAAAAAAGAGUCAAAAUCCCCAGCCUGCAUGGAGUGCCAAAACCCACCACAUCCCCACCCUCAGCUCAGCCCCGGAGGGGCAGUAGCUCAGGUUUGUCCACUCUGCCCCAACCACAUCCUCCCAGGGGCCGAGCAUCUUCAGUAAACGAGACCAGACAAAGACUGGCUGCUGUUCUGCAGAGGAGACUGAAUCAGUAGUGACUGAUCCAAAGUCAGCAGCAACUCCACCAGCCUGCCUGGUCUUUCCCCGAGUGCCGGAGGCUCACUGCAACUGAGGAUGACAAGGAUCAAAAUAUUAUCACACAUCAAGAAUGCAUGUCUAUAGUUUUAACAAGAGAAUAGGAAAAGCUACUUUGAAAUUACAACAGAUAAUGAAGUUGUUGGUACUCCGGACGGCUGAUUUCUCUAUUUAUGUGUUGUGUGUUUAGCUGUGCUCUGUGAAAACGCCCUUUUAGAGAUCACAGGUAAAAAUUUUCGCCCAUAGCAUCUUUCCCAUUUUUUUGCACCAGUACAA